UCUGUUGCAACGCAGCAUAGUAAACAGUUGUCACGUGUGGGAUGUCAGAAGAGAAGCCACGUUUUCGUCGAGCUGCCCAGUAUCCAUACUUUUAUACUACAAUAAGUACCGACGAAAAUGGAAAAAGUGUUGGCGCCUAUCACUUUCUACAAUGGAAGGAAAAUGCCCAUUAUUGGGCUGGGGACCUGGCAGUCAUCUCCAGAUGAAGUGGAAAAAGCUGUUGAUGUUGCAUUACAAGCAGGAUAUCGGCACAUAGACACAGCUGCUACCUAUGGGAAUGAGGCUGCCAUUGGGAGGGCUUUACAAAAAUGGUUUGAGUCUGGAAAAAUAAAAAGGGAAGACCUGUUUAUUGUUACUAAGCUACCUCCAGUGGGAAACAGGGCAGAGUGUGUUCAGAAGUACCUGAAGAAGUCUCUUGCUGCUCUGCAGCUGCAAUAUGUGGAUCUGUAUCUUAUACAUUACCCUGUUGGCCUCCAGGAAAUACAAGAUGAAAGUUUUCCGAAGGACAAGGAUGGGAAUAUUUUGUUUGAUAUGAACACAGACCAUAUCAGCCUAUGGAAGGCGAUGGAAGCCCAGGUAGACGCGGGCCUUGCCCUGUCAAUUGGUCUCUCCAACUUCAAUGCCGAGCAGAUAAAACGCAUUUGGCAGUCAGCACGGGUCAGACCAGCGAACUUGCAGGUGGAGCUCCACGUCUACCACCAGCAGCGGGAACUGCGUGCCUUCUGCCGGGCUCUGGACAUCACCAUCGUCUCGUACUUCACUCUCGGUUCUCCUCGCUACUACAGCUACAUUGAAAACCUGGGCUUGGAUGUUAGUAGAAUACCAAAACAACAUCCCCUGAGCGAUGCUGUUGUCUUGCACAUUGCCCAGAAACACGGGAAGUCAGCUGCACAGGUACUGCUUCGGUUUGUCAUGCAGCUAGGAGUGGCCGUCAUACCGAAGAGUACUAAUCCUGAGCACAUUCAGCAAAAUUUUGAUGUAUUUGACUUUGAACUUUCUCCAGAAGACAUGUAUUCACUGGAAGCUUUGGAUAAAGGAGAACGGGGCCGACAAGUGAAUGAUGUAAUUUUUCCAGGACAAGAAAAUCAUCCUGAAUAUCCAUGGAAGUACCGCUAUUAAUGAGAUAUUGUUGUGAAAACACUAUCCAGCAAUGAGAAGAUACUGAAAUGCAUUAGCAUCUUAAUUGGUGGUUAAUGCAUUGCAAGAGCUUUAGAUACCUUGAAAAAACAAUAGUGUAAAAUAAAUGCCUGACAGCAAUUUCGAAACAAGUGGGACAGUACAAGGUCACGGAGACACCAAUAUUAUCAAGCAACUGUGUGUCAAUGCAAUACCAUGUACCUAGACAGUAAGGCAUUACAGCUCCAGUAUGAUGUCAUACGCUACGGACAAGCCUAUAGCAUUAACUGGAAGUCUGCAGUGAUAUGAUUGCACUAACAUUUUUGAUGAACAAUCAACACUGCUAACUAAAUUUUACUGUGGUGGCCCAUACGAUAUAGAUGAAGUUACUGUGAACUAUAUUUUUUUAUUAUUAAAACAAAGUGCAAGGUGUUGUAUUUUCUAAAGAUAUUGAAGAAGACGUGGUUGUUUUAUAGUUUUAUAUGUGGUGUUUUUUUUUAUUGCCACAAUGUAUUCGUAACAUUGAUAGAGUAAACAACAACAAAAAAUGUGCAUCUUGUAGUUACAAAUAAGUAGCGAACUUGGCAAUGCCAUUACUCGUAAAUAGCUAGCAAACCUGGCAAUACUUCGCAAUUGCACAAUAUGCAUGGGAAUUGGAGGUACGUCGUAAUCCCCAGCUACCCUCCCCCCUCUUUCUCCAUCUUCUCCUGCCUUCCCCCUCCCUCUGUUGUUCUCCUCCUUGCCCAUCUCUCUAUCCUACAUAUAUAUAUGUAUAUACUAUAUAUAUUUACAAAUAUAUAGUCUAUGACUGUCCAAAUUUUAUUAGAAUAUUGUGUGAAAAUUUGAAGUAAAUAGGCUAAGAACAUGUUGAGAUUUUUGCUAAUAAGAUUUCCUCCUUAUAUAUUACAUGUAUUUAUUUAUAUACUAUAUAUAUUUAAAAUAUGUUCAUUAGAGUACUAUAUAAAAUUUUUAAGUAAAUUGGUCAAGAACUUUGUAACUAUUUUGACCAACAUGUAUUGGCCAUACAAGACUAACUGUACGUGAAAUGAAAUUGCAUAUUUAAUUGUACUACAGGCAAAUGUUGAUACUGGAAAUCAGUAAUUUAAUAACAAAAAAGCUAGUAUUAACCCAUCACAUUUUUUCAUUAAUAAAAAGUUAGUUUACUAGAACCAGUUCACAGACACACACACAAGGACAACAUGCUCUGACGGGUGAUACUACCGGUGAUUCUGAACAAAAAAACUUCUAAUAAACAUAUGCCCUUUUCUUAACUGUCUCCAAGUAAACUAAUGAAAACAGCUAGGAACUGGAAAGGUGCAGGUGACAGUAAAUUAAGAUACUGUUAUCUUAUGACUUGUUUAAUUGUGUACAUUUCCUCACAGAAGAUGUUAAACAGUCCACCGCCAACUUCAAUGCAUGUUGCGCGCUUGUAGACAGGUGCUGUGUCACCGAUCAGAGCUCAGUUUUGCAUUCCUUUACCUGGGCACAAGCAUGUAAAAUAUGAGCGAGAAGUUCCUCUCGUGUCCACUCUGCGCUUGUGGACGUCACUCUUCAGCCACCCCCACAAACAGUAAUCCAAUGGGGUAAGGUCGAGUGACCUCGGUGGCCAGGCAGUGACUCCACGGCAACCGAUUCAACGACCAGGAUACGUUGUGUUGAGAUACUCUGUCACUGGCCGUAUGGAAUGUGUAGGAGCUCCACCGUGCUUAAAGUACAUACGAGUUCGUGUUGCCAAAGAGAUAUCCUCCAUGUAUUCUGGUAACACAUUUUGAAGAAACUGAAGAUACUGUGUCCCAGUAAGACGGUUAUCUAAAACAACUCAACCGAUGAAUUGGUCAUUGAUAAUACCGCACCACACAUUGACUGAGAAACGUUGAAAAUUCAUUUCCACAGUAGCGUGCACAUUUUCAUUUGCCCAUACAUGAGAGUUGUGGAUGUUGAUUUCGUUGCAGGUAAAUGUUGACUCAUCAGUGUCAAUGUUGAAAAUUCAUUUCCACAGUAGCGUGCACGUUUUCAUUUGCCCAUACAUGAGAGUUGUGGAUGUUGUUGAUUCCAUUGCAGGUAAAUGUUGACUCAUCAGUGAACAGAAUACGUAGAAUUAAUCGCUCGUUGGUAAUGAUCCACUGACAGAAUGCUUGCCGGGCGGCAGCAUCUCCUUCGUGCAUAUGUUGUACACUCUGCCGAUAAAAGGGGUACAGACCGUGCACAUGUACUGUGCGUGUCACUUGUGUUUGUGGAAUACCAAGUUGGACAGCAAUUAUUCUAGAGCUAGUAGUAGGGUUGCGUUCCACUGCUUGUUGUACAAGACAUUCAGAGACAAUGUUUAUGCUGGGAAGCGUACCAUGCUCACGCAAUCUGUGAAACACCCUGCUGUCUGGCACUCUGCGAUUUGGAAAUUGUUGCUGGUAUUCUCACACAGCAGCUCUGGAAUUCCUAUUGGACAAACCAUAGACAAACAACAUGACAACAUACUCUGCAUGUGUGAAUAUCCACGGCAUUUUCACUACACAAAACUAUAUUCGUUGUUCACAUAACAGUACUGUAGUGCCGUGCACAAUGACAAACACUGUCGGACUGAGAUGUAAACAGCUGCACCUGGGUAAGUGAACUGCAUACUGACAUGGUUAGUAAGGACAACACUACACGUUUCCUGUUCUUAGUUGUUUUCAUUGUUUUUCCCGGAAACAGUUACGAAAAGGGCAUACGUUUAUUAGGAGUUUUUUGUUCAGAAUCACCAUUAGUAUCACCCUCAAAGCAUGUACCUUUCCUCCUGACACACCCUGUACACGUGUGUGUGUGUGUGU